AUGGCGCUCUAAAAGCUUUCAAAAACUCAAUCGGCCACCAUUGUUGGAUGUGAUCCUUGUGCAUAGUUUGAUAUAAUUUACUUUAUUCGUGCAGUUACUUGUGAUAUUUAUUGUAUUUUUCGAAAGACUAAAGUGAUGCGCAGUUAAUAAAAAAUAAUCCUGCCCCAGAGUGCAAAUACAGUGUAUAUUUUCAAACCUAAAAUGCGUUCAAAAUGUCACGCGAAGUGAGCUUCAGAUUCGUGAACACCAUACCGUGCUCGUAAUAAAUGUGGUUUUCAUCUGUAUAAUCGCAUCGUUAAGUGGAUUUAUGUGCUGUUUCGUGUUCAGUAUGUCUGCAAGGUGAUACAGACGCUUGUGAUAUCAACAUGCAUGCCUGAAAAGGAUUGAGAAGUUUCUGUACACGUCGUAAAGGAUCGCAGUUACGCGAACGAAGGCUCGAAAGUUGCCGGCAACAUUAUGGUGGACUGAAGGGGUGAUUGUUAACGAAUCGGAAUUGAAUAAGUUUUGUAAACAGUGCCCAGAGGGUUCCGCGCACGAUGUCUGGCGGCUCGCAGCACAAUCCAAAUGGAAGACAGUCGCAACUAGGCGCGGGCUGGAGUCCCUUACAGUUACAGAUGGCCAACCUGCUGGCGCGCGCACCCGCCGCGCACAUGGCGUCGGAGCGCGGCGUGACGUGGCACACGCCCACGCCGCCGCCGCACCUCUACCACGUGCCCGCGCCCUCGCCGCCCGCCAUCGACCCCUUGCAGGGUCUGUUGACGUUGCAGGCGAUGAAGGGCGGCGCCAACUCCGUGUUCCGGCACACGGCCACGCCGCCCGAGCUCUACCGCCACACGCCCACGCCGCCCGACAAACACCUCAUGAGGCAUACUCCGUCUCCGGGUGACGUAAAGGCCGGUGCAGCCCUGCCUCCAGCAGAACUCUAUCCACAUUUGGGCCCUGGCAGAGAUAAACUGAUGCGUCCGGACGAUUUGCUCUCGUACGCUCGCGGCGGUGUCGACCUCACAGUGGGCGGGCCGCGGGGUGCGAACGGCUCCCCGGCUCCGAUGCAUCCUACGCCUGGAGCUCCGGCUUUGUCAGUGCGAGAUGCGCCCACGAUCAACAGUCUGAUCGCACGAGCGGCGCCGCACGCACGCCCUGCCCACGCGAGGGUUGAUGCGCUACUGGAGCGCCUGUCGGCCGCACCUGCUCCAGCGUCGCCCCACUCCGUCAUAGUGCACUCUCGGGCUGCGCCCACACCAUCACCGCCCUCCUCCAAUGAGGAUUCAACAGAUUCCUGUGGAGCCGCACCCGGCUCCAAGCGGAAAAGAAAACCGGAGCGCACAAUACGCGUCCCAGUCCCUCCGCCCCUCACACACCCACCACUCGAAGCUCCCAAGCCCGCCACUCCGCCCCGAGUCUCGCCACAAACCACCCAGCCGCCUCUCGAAAACGGCGACACUACUUACGAAACCCAAAACGGACCAGAAAAACCACCUUCACCCCCGCCAGAGCCGCACGCGCGGAGAAAAACCCGCUCCGGCUCCGCGGAGACCAUAGAUGACAUCGCCGCGAUGAUCGCCAGCACCACGGACCAUAGAGACACCACAGUGGAACCUACCCCCGCCCCUGAACCAGAAACCCCAGUGACAGUCGACAAACUAAAAAGUGUUCUGGCCAGCCCUGAACCUGAACCCAAAUCCCCAAUUCCACUCAAACCCGAAAACUUACCGCCCCAGCCGGAACCCGAGCCCGAAUUGCCAAAACAAAAUUCCCCCAAGAAAACCCCUCCACAAAAUUCUCCCCCACAAAAAUCCCCACCGAAAAAUGACGAACCAGAACCUCCACCGGCGACCGCCGCCGCGCCUCGACGACGAAGUGCGAGGAACUCCAACGCAGAAUCAACUAAUGUACCUGUCGAAUCUCCAUCAGAGGGAAAACCAGCAGAACCGGAGGCGAGCGAAGUGAGCGAGGCUAGAACUGCUGAACCCACAGCAGCUAGCUUUGUCGAAGUUGAGAACCAGUUGGAGAAAAUGUUUGCUGGAAUCGAGGAGGAAAAUCCAGCUGGAAUGGAACAAGAGGAAAAAUCCACCUCGGAAAAGAAGCAAACCGCAAAAGCAAGGAAGCGGAGAAAAUCUGCUCCGACCAAGGGUGAAAGGAAAGCUUCUAAGCGAGCGAAUCGAUCGUCUACUGGUGAUGAAGGUCCUAGACGAAAGGCUGCAAGGAAGAAGGUGGUGGAGAAAAAGAAGAAGGAAAUAGCUGCCCCUCAAGCACCAGUCAAAGAUGCAUAUGAUUCUGGCAGCAAUGCGAGCUCCAGUCGAUCGAGAGGGCCAUACAUACAGAUCGUCGGGCCGCGCGACUCACCCGUAUCAGUAUCAGUGGUCAACGCGACCGCCGGCGCGACCGACGAAGAAAGACGAAUGGGCGACGAGUGGCGGAACGGCUUGCGUGCGCGGGGCCUGCACGCGAGCACCCUGGGGCUGCGCUACGACGCGUCCACACCGGACGCCUCGUGGCUGUGCGCCUUCUGCGAGAAGGGGCCGCAUUAUGCUGGUCUGGGCGACCUGUUCGGACCCUACCAGCUCGAUACCAACUGUGAGGAGUAUAGAACGCUGGACGAAGUAUCGAAACAACGAUUCGCAUCAUCAUCCGGUGGGGCGGAAGUUUGGUUCCACGAAGCGUGCGGAGUGUGGGCGCCGGGGCUGCUCGCGGCCGGCUCUCGAGUGUGGGGACUCGCGAGCGCCGUCUGCGGAGCCCGAGCCGCGCGCUGCGGGGGCUGCGGCAAGGCCGGUGCAGCCCUAAGUUGCGCCACCCGGUCUUGUAGGGCCACCACCCAUGUCCCUUGCGCUACAACUUGGACCUUGAAGGACGACUUCCGCGCCUUGUGUCCCAGACACGCCUAGCGAUCGUGAUAGUGAUAAAGAGAGCCAGUUAUAUGUUACCCGUCAAACUAGUGAUAUGUGAAUCUGUCAAACUAGUGAUAUGUGAACAUGGAAUCUGUCAAAUUAGUGAUAUGUGAACGUUGAAUCUGUCAAACUAGUGGUAAUUUCCCAAACGCAGGGAAACUAGUAUGUGAACAUUGUCUCAUACAAUUAAAAUAUUGGGAAGCUGAAAAGUUUAGUGAAGCUGAAAGCAAUUUUGUUACCUGAUGGUAACAUAAUAACAUGAUUUAUUUUUUCUUAGCUCACUUAAAACGAAAACUAGAAAACUCACAGAAAUGCUUAAGCAACAAGCUAAUUAUGGACACCUAUUUUCAUUGCUAAUGAAUAAUAAUACUGUGACACAAGUAAAAAACACAAUUGUAAGAGUAACUUAGUCAUUUUAUAUUUUAGAUAAUGGCAUACCAGGAUUAAUUUGAGAUUCUGAUUGUUCAAUAUUUUUAAAUUUUAACCAGGAAAUAAGUUUAAAAUCUUUUUAAAGAUUUAACUUAAGUCAUUGUUUAAGCAUAUUUCUGAAUUUUCUGUGAUUUGUUUACCGUUUAAGUCUGAUAAAGCUCAAAAGGGCUAGAACCCAGAGCUGUAAAGCCAAUUAAAAAAAUGAGUCUGCUAAGAAAAAUACAUUAUGUGGUAGUUUGUCUUAUGUGUGGGUUUAGAGAGACCCUGAUUUAAUAACUACUAGGAACAUGGUUACACGCUAGGAUGAGAGAUGUGGUUGAAACUCUCAAUUGUGCAGAAGAAUUUUGUUACCUGAUCAUGUUUAAGCAAGUUUUAAUGUGCUAAGUUGACUUAAUGUAAAUUAAACAAUUAUGAAAUCACUCUAAGGUGGCUUUUCCUGAUACAAAUUAUGUAUUUUUUAUCUAAUAUCUUUGUUUUAACAAUUGACUUCAAAUGAAGGUAAAGCUCAGUGCACGGAUAUAAUUUUGGUUAUUCACUCAUUUCUCUCUUUAAAUGGCUAAUGAAUGUGUUGCUGUUUUGCUCGCCCACAGGCUGGCUUUGAAUGUGUGCAAGCGAGACAACAACAGAAUUGUAAGCAAGUGAAAGACUUUAACACAUUCUUCUUACUGUGUCAUUGCCUUAACUUUUGCCUUAUGAUUUGAUAAAACUCUUAAAAAUGUCUAAGAACCGAUCAAAUGACUGAAAUUCUUUCUAUUUUGAGCAUGUGCUUUAGGCUGGCCCUCCAUGAGAAAGUAUAUUGCAAUGACUCUCAUACAUAGACUCUCAAGAAAUCAUGUUUCUCCUUGGGUUUUUUUUUACAGCAGAUUCUCACUAAUCCAGCACUUCCAUAGACAGACAUGUCUAUUACCAGCCCUACCAGGACCUACAGCUUAAGGACCACAGGUUGCACAAAAAUAGACCUCAAGGAUUAUUUUUAAACUAUGCAAUUAGUUAAUUGUAGAUAUGUUACAGUUAUUAAAUAACAUGUAGAUAUACAAGAAAACUAAAUUAAAAUAAUUCAUUAGUUUA